CGUAAAAGACCCGCGACAAGAUCCCGCGAUUACGGAUGUCGCUCAGAUUGUUAUACGAUUCCGUGGUGUCAGUGCAGUGAUCCUGGAACGGUGCUUCGAUUACCACGGAUCCCCAGAUGUCGCAGCGGUGAAGACCGCGGGAUGAUAGAGAACGGGUUCAGGAUCAUCCUCGUGCCCAGAAGGAGGCUCUUCAAGAAUUCUUAAAGCGGUGCUGUCGCCGGGGAGCAACCGCGAUGUCGUUUUCGCAACGUAUAUCCGGGGCCGUCGCGGUCCUCAGGGGCACUUCGGAGAUCAAGGAACCUCGCACGUCGUGUACCGACGACAUCGAGAAGAUAACGUCCGAGGACGAGGGCAAAGUGCGUCAUCAGGUGACGCCGCUCGACAGAUUGCAAAUUGUAGUGGAUUGGAUAACGGAGAACAUGCUUCUUGUCUUCACCGUGAUCGGAGUGUUGAUGGGCAUUAUUCUUGGUUUUUUCGGUCGAUUAGCCAAUCCGUCACCCACGUCUAUCGCUCUCAUCAGUUUUCCCGGGGAGCUGCUUAUGCGGGUGCUGAAGAUGUUCAUAUUACCGUUGAUUGUUUCGUCUCUUGUCUCCGGAAUGGCACAGCUGGACGCCAGAAGUUCAGGUCGAAUGGGCGUCCGAGCAUUAACGUAUUACACCGUAACGACUAUUAUUGCGGCUAUAAUCGGUAUCACGAUGGUAUUGAUGAUCCAUCCUGGCGAUCCUAGAAUCAAAUCUACCAUACCCGUGCACAGACCGGAUGACAUCAAAGUGUCCACCCUGGACGCUAUUAUGGACAUCAUUAGAAACAUGGUGCCGGAGAACCUGAUACAGGCGUGCUUCCAACAAGCGCAAACCACUUACGUAAAGAAGAAAGUGUUGGUCAUAGGGAGCGCGAAUCAAAGCGAUUACGUUCUGGAGCCGACGUUAAUCUAUAAGGACGGGAUGAACGUGAUGGGAAUGAUAGUGUUCUGCAUCACGUUCGGCCUUCUCGCCGGACAGAUCGGUGAACGUGGGAAGCUGAUAGUCGACUUCUUCGUGGUGCUGAACGAAAUAAUCAUGAAACUCGUCAGUAUCGUUAUACUGUGGUACUCCCCGUUCGGAAUCAUGUGCCUGAUAGCCGGCAAAAUAAUGUCGAUCACCAAUUUCGCGGCAACUGCUCAGAUGUUGGCUCUGUACAUGAUCACAGUGAUCCUGGGUCUGCUAAUCCAUGCUAUAAUCAUCCUGCCCACGAUAUUUUGGUUGUUGACUCGCCAAAAUCCGGCCGCGUACUUCCGGGGUAUGAUCCAAGCUUUUGUGACAGCCUUGGGAACAGCGUCCAGCGCCGCAACUUUGCCAGUGACUUUCCGUUGUCUUGAAGAAAAUAAUAAAAUCGAUCCGAGAGUGACUCGGUUUGUUGUGGCGGUUGGUGCCACGGUGAAUAUGGACGGUACAGCGCUUUACGAAGCUGUUGCCGCGAUUUUUAUCGCUCAGGUGAAUGGGAUUUCGUUAGGAUUGGGAGAAGUUAUAACAGUCAGCGUUACAGCGACCCUAGCGAGUAUAGGAGCGGCUAGUAUUCCCAGCGCUGCCUUGAUAACGAUGUUAAUUGUACUCACAGCCUUGGGACUACCGACUAACGACGUUUCAUUGCUGUUUACUGUCGAUUGGAUACUGGACCGUAUCAGGACACCCAUAAACGUUUUGGGCGAUGGAUACGGAGCCGGAAUAGUUUAUCAUUUAAGCAAAGACGAGCUCUACAAAAUGGACCAGGAACGGAAAUUAGAAGGUCUCGAAAAGGGAACACCACUAGAGGACAUCUCGGAGAGUUGUCGACGCGACAGCGCACCUGCUCCCGAAGAAAAUUCUGAAACAAAGAUCUGAUUCACAAAGAUAUCGACCUUCUUUCGCGGACUUUUAUAAACUUCUCAAACGGUGCGACGGCAUAAAAAAAAAUUGUGUUCAUCCUCUACCCCCUUCCGCGUUCCAUGAAUUGAAUGAUUGCUACGGAGAGAGAAAAUUGAUAGCGAUGAAACUUCUUUCACUGCCGAAAAAGUUUUGGGACCCGAAUACAUUGUAAUUUAAUCGAUGAUAUCGUUACAACUGUUGUUAAUGAUUCAGUAGUAGUAUUGUAAUCAACGGAUAUACGGAGUGCAAUAAAAAUGUGAGCA